UACUACUAACUUGGUAACUUGAUCAACCAAUACUUGCACCUAUCAAAUGUUAACAGCUGGUAUAUGCAUCGAGUAUCAGGGACAUCGAUCUAAUCGUAUAAUUUAUGAACCUCGGAUUCUAAAAAUUUAUGGGAUCACAGAAUUUGUCUUGGUAAUAAGAUUAGAUUUCAAACCCUAAAACCUAGGCUGAGCUCGCAUGCAUCGUUAAAUUGGAGGAAUUUUUCAAUGUGCUGGGAAAACGACCUAAUACACCAAAUGUUAUAAUACAAAUUGUUGGAUACUUAAAAAAAAAAUAAAAAAAUAAAAAAAAUCUACAACAACUUGUAUUAUAACACUUGUUGUAUACGUCCGUUUUUUCAACACGCUGAAAAAUUUCUCUCUAAAUUGGUCCAUGUUCCUUUGUAACUACGAUAUUAUUUAGCUCGGUUAUCACGUACAAGAUAGCGUGUAAGAAGGUUAUUGAAGCCAGCCCUUGCCCUUGGUGCAUGUGAACAGCCUAUUUUCCCCCGCACUUCCGUCACACGGUGCCGUAAGACUGGGAUCUAAGUCACCAACAUCUUAUAGCUAUACCACCCCAAGGCCUUUAAAUAAUAAAUAAUUAGAAUAAUGUACACAAAAUUACAUAUCCAACUUGGCAUUGUCGGUCACUCCAUGUGUACGAACCACAGAACCCUGAAAAGUUCAUGUAUAUAAACCCCCUUAGGGUUUCUGAAACAGUACAAGUCUCAGUGCAUGCAGAAGAGCUAGUACUCGAUCGGAACUAUUUUCUGAAACGAGGGUUUUUUGGUAGGAGAGAAACAGCAGAUUAAAGACGAUGAGAAGCCAGAUGAGAUUUGUGCUUCUCGUGCUCCCAUUUUUUGGUUUAGUUGCAGUGAGCUUCUGUCUAGGGUUUGUAAGUGCAGAUGGUUCGACAGUGCCAAGGCCGAAGUUGACUUGGCAUUACUACAAAACUCACAACACUUGUGAUGAUGCAGAGGUUUAUAUCCGGCACCAAGUGGAGUUGUUUUGGAAAAAGGAUAAAAGCAUCACUCCCAAGCUCCUCCGGUUGGUCUACUCAGAUUGCUUUGUAACGGGUUGUGAUGCAUCAAUCCUCCUUGAUGGUGAAGACUCAGAAAAAACUGCACCACAAAAUUACGGGCUUGGAGCUUUUGUUGUCAUUGACAAGAUCAAAACCGUCCUCGAGCAGCGGUGCCCCGGUGUCGUCUCUUGCGCCGACAUUCUCAACCUCGCCACUAGGGAUGCCGUUCAUUUGGACGGCGCACCAUCUUAUCCUGUUCUGACAGGAAGAAGAGACGGUCUGACAUCAACCAGGUCAUCAGUGGACCUUCCCUCACCCUCCAUCACAUGGGAGGAUGCCCUAAAAUACUUCAAUUCUAGAGGCUUGAACGUACUGGAUAUGGCAACCCUCCUAGGUGCACAUUCAAUGGGGAGAACACAUUGUCACUACAUUCUUGAUCGGCUGUACAAUUUCAAUGGCACCAAAAAGCCAGACCCAAGCAUGGACCCUUCACUCUUAAACGAUCUGAGAAAGAGCUGCCCGCCGAGAACGAAAAAGGGACAGACCGACCCUCUGGUGUACCUAAACCCGCAAUUCGGUGCCAACUACAGAUUCACACAAACCUACUACUCCAGAGUUCUAUCGCACAAAGCUGUACUUGGAAUCGAUCAACAGUUACUGUAUAGCAACGACACUAAGGAAAUCACUCAAGAGUUUGCUGCCGGUUUUGAAGACUUUCGAAAGGCAUUCGCUAUGUCUAUGUACCGGAUGGGAGAGUACCAGGUUUUGACAGGAAACCAGGGCGAGAUACGCAAAAAUUGCCGAGUUCCAAACAAGAAGUAGAUGGCGAGUAGCUGUGUGAACCGUUGAGAGAUUCGGGAAGGGAAAUGCUGUCAUCUCGGUGGUGGUGUUUUGUGUUGGUUAAGGAGGAAUAAUUUGGGUAAUGACCUAAAGAAAAGUACAUUUCCAAUUCAUAAAUAAAAUUAUCUAACAAAGUUUCUUAGAUUGUCACUCAGUAGCUCUCAGCAUAUGAUAUUUUGUAUAACCAUCAAACAAAACUCUCCUUCCAAGUUUUCACAUCCUCAACUCCGCAACAUAUAACGAAAACUAAACAGACUUUUGGAAGUGUAAGCGUCAUGAAGUAACGAAGAUUACAAGAUUAAUAAAAAAAAUCCAAGUUUUCCAAACCUGUAACAGGUAUCCAUCAAAGCUUAAGCAAUCAGAACUCCAAGCACGAAAACAGAGAAACUUCUUCCGACUUUGCAAUGUCGCUGCUGGCUU